AUGUCUUUUACAACUUGGUUUGAGAUUGAGACUUGUCGCACCCUGAGAUUUCUUUACACGAUGGGUACCUUGAUGGUGGCUUUCUUGACUGCAGCUUUGUCCAACCUGCUGUUCACAGCUCUCUCCCUCCUGUCAGCGGGUGACAUUGUGUUUGUAAUGACCAACAUGCAGGUAGGAAACCUGUUUGGGUCACAUCGCUCCACCGUCAUCACACUCUAUAAUGGGGCCGUUGACUCUUCAUCAGCACUCUUCCUUGUCAUCAAGCUGUUACACGAGUCUGGCAUAUCUUUCCACUCCUCCUUCCUCUUCCUGUCGGCCUGCAGCGUCAUUCACCUCCUCAGGACUUUCUUCCUGCUGCCCAGAGACUACAUUCUCUACCCGCUGCCUGAUGACUAUACAUACGGGAUAACCUGUGGUAAAUCAGAGACCCUGAGCUUUGAGCAGAAGACAGCGAAAGGUAAUGCAGAGACGACGACAGAGGAAAUGCCUCUCAACAUGGACAUCUCUGUGAAACAAGAGAAGAGUUUCUGUGAGUGUCUGAUGUCCAGGUUUUUCGUGUUGCAGCUGCUUUGGUUGUCAGUGAUGCAUCUCAGACAUUACUUUUUCAUCGGCACCCUCAACCCCAUGCUCCAGCAGCUGGCGGAGGGAGAUCCUUCACUGGUGAGCCAGUACACAAAUGCCUUUGCUAUAACCCAGCUGUGUGGCGUGCUGUGUGCCCCCUGGAACGGCCUCUUCAUGGACAGACACAAGGGCAAACUUAUUGCUGCAGGAGAAAGUGAACAGGAAGCAGACCUGCGGGCCUCGGUGCUUUCUCUUCUGCUGACGGCACUGCAGUGUCUGGUGUUCUCAGUUUGUGCCUCCAUCCCGUACCUGCCUCUUCAGUAUUUCACCUUUGUUGUGCAGGUGCUCAACCGCUCCUUCCUCUACGGUGGCAACGCAACCUUCAUCAGUAAGGCUUUCCCAUCGUGCCACUUUGGGAAGCUGUUUGGCCUGGUCAUGGCUCUGUCUGCAGUAAUUUCUCUGCUACAGUAUCCCUGCUUUGCCCUGGUGAAUGGAUCUCUGGAUGGAAACCCUUUAUAUGUGAACAUUGGUCUGACGGUGCUCAGCCUGCUCGCCUUCAUCCAUCCCCUCUCUGUCUUCCUGCACCGUCGACGUCUCGCCUCCCAGCGAGCCAUCAGUACCUCCUCCUAA